UCUCUUUUCCCUGGCAUCGAUGCUGGCCACCAAUUCAGCACGGAGAGUGAAAGCAGGAGAGAGGGGGAACGAAAGAGAGGGAGAGAAAGAGAGAGUUUAAACAGAAAGGAAAAAAACAGCUUUCUCUUCUUUUACUCGAAACAGCCUUUUGAAAAAAAAAAAAAAAAAAAAAAUUUUUUCCGUUAGACCUUUUUCCCCUCCUCUUUUGCUAUCUUCUAAUUUUAUAUCGAUCUUCAGUAUUUCUAAUGCAUACCAAGACAUUUUCCUUUAUUUUAUAUUCCAAACACCAUCCUUUUUUGCAGAUGACUUUCUAGUUGUCUCUGUUGCUUUCUGUUCACCGGGAAUUUUCAUGUUCAUUUUUCUGUUUUAGGCCAAGAACUUGGUGUGCUUGGGAAACAGUAUUUUUUAGAAUAAGGACUUUUUAUAUCUAAAUAUAUUUCAUAGAUACAAUUUUUCACAUUUUGGCCCCAAUUUUACGAUACAAUUUACUUUUUCCGUUUCAUUAUUUAUAUUUUUGCAAUUACUUAUCCACCCUACUUUCUGUUUCUCUCUCAUUCAUAUACUGAUGAGCUCGGAAAUUGGAUGGUUUUAAAUUUCUACAGAAGUUCGAUAUGACACCAAGACAUGGAUGAAUUUCACCCUUUCAUCGAAGCUCUUCUUCCCCAUGUGCGAGCAUUCUCAUACACAUGGUUCAAUCUCCAAGCAAGGAAGCGCAAAUACUUUAAGAAGCAUGAGAAGCGGAUGUCAAAGGACGAAGAGAGGGCGGUGAAGGACGAAUUAUUGGGGGAGAAGCCUGAGAUCAAGCAGAAGUGGGCGUCACGGCUCUUGGCCAAGCUGAGGAAAGACAUCCGGCCUGAGUUCCGAGAGGACUUUGUCCUGACCAUCACCGGGAAGAAGCCUCCGUGUUGUGUCCUCUCUAACCCAGAUCAGAAGGGCAAAAUUCGGAGGAUUGACUGCCUUCGCCAGGCAGAUAAGGUGUGGAGGUUGGACCUGGUGAUGGUCAUCCUGUUUAAGGGGAUUCCGCUGGAGAGCACAGAUGGGGAACGUCUCUAUAAGUCACCCCAGUGCUCCAACCCAGGGCUGUGCGUUCAGCCACAUCACAUUGGAGUUUCCAUCAAAGAACUGGACCUCUACCUGGCCUUCUUCGUCCACACGCCUGAUUCCGGGCAGUCAGAUAACUCAAACCAGCAGACAGAGGUGGACAUAAAGCCUCCUCCAAAUGGACAUCUCACUUUCCAGGACUGUUUUGUCACUUCGGGGGUGUGGAAUGUCACAGAGCUUGUCCGGGUGUCCCAGACACCUGUUGCAACGGCAUCCGGUCCUAACUUCUCACUGGCUGAUCUGGAGAGCCCAAGCUAUUACAACAUAAACCAGGUGACACUUGGCCGACGAUCCUUAACAUCCCCUCCAUCCAGCAGCACCACAAAGCGCCCAAAAUCCUUGGACGACAGUGAGUUAGAGAGCCCGGUGGAUGAUGUAUUUUACCCGGGCACAGGCAGAUCCCCCGCAGCUGGAGGAAGCCAGGCCAGCGGAUGGCCGAAUGAUGUGGACACAGGCCCUGGAUCUCUUAAGAAGUCAGGCAAGCUAGAAUAUUGCCAGACCAGCUCUUCUCGCAUGGCAUUCACCCAUCAUCCCCUCCCUGUGCUGGCUGGAGUGAGACCAGGGAGCCCUCGGGCAUCAGCAUCUACUAUACACUUCCCUUCAACGUCCAUUAUCCAGCAGUCCAGCCCUUACUUUACCCACCCAACAAUACGCUAUCAUCAUCAUCACCAUAGCCAGGACUCUCUCAAAGAGUUUGUCCAGUUUGUCUGUUCAGACACCUCUGGGCAGGGAGCAGGGCAGCCCAGCAGCGGGGCCCAGGGGAAAAUGUCGGGUUCCUUUUUGCUGCCACCCCCUGCACCUGUGGCCAGGCCUGUCCCCCUUUCCCUGCCAGACACAAAACCUGUCACCAGCAACAACAUUGUCCCAGAAGGAGGACUGUCAGCACCAGCAUCACCCUCAUUCUCAGCGCCUUCCCCCGCCGGGUCCAACAGGUUUGUCACAAUUGGAUCACGAGACAGCAACUUUCUGAACCUCCCCCAGCAGUCUCAAUCGUGGUUCCUUUAAGAUUACCGCUAAGCUGCAAGUCUAUGAGCGGAUGGAACAAAGAUUUGUGACAUGGACCCCCACCCUCUAUAUACACUUGACUACAGGAGGUCUUCCCCAGAGCAAGCACGGAACACUAGGACCUUCUUCACAAUGCGUACGAUAGAAAACCUAAAAAAAAAUACAAAAAAUGUUUAAAAAAAUGUAAAAAAAAAUGCUUUUUUUGGGAGGGGGCAGAACUUUUUAAUGUCUGUGCUGCUUAACACCCUCUUGGUAGUGAAGGGAAAAUGCCACUCCCUUAUCACCCCUUUUUUCUCAUCCCUGCUAAUUUUGUCUUGUCGGUGCUUUCCCACUUGUCUCACCUCUUCAGGUUUCAUUUUUUAACAAAAAGGUGUCUGGGUGUCCGCACCUCCUCUGUGGGUGAAAUAUGCCGGAGAGGUUCAGGACCUCUUCCUCCGGUGGCAUGAUAUAUUUGUACGGGCGGAAGGGACCGUUUAUGUAUGGAGUCUGUGCCUCAUAACAUUAGGUGUCCAAGUGACCAUUAAGAGGUAUUUGUCACCCUUGUUUCCUAAUCAAUCGGGUGGGGAUAUUAACAGUUUCAUAAUGCAGAAAAAAAAAUCCAAUACAUUUUUAAAGCUCUUAUUAUUUUUAUUCCAUACAAAAAAAUUCUAACAUUUUUACUAUAAUCUAUGUUCUAAAAAGACGUCGAGAGCACAGAUGAGUAUCAUGGGCAUAAUGGCAAGGGACAGUGACACAACUUCAAACACUUAAGUGCAAUGAUUUUAAAUUAGCUUUUAGUAUUUUUUUUUCUUUCCAGAUUUUUAUUUAAUAGCAUGAAUACAUUUUUUUUUUUUUUUUUAAGAUCUUUUUUUUUUUUCUUUCUUUUGUUUUUCAGAAAGUCCCUAAUUUUCCCGGUGGACUCUAAAAAUAAUUGGGAAAUCUGUCUGUCUUCAGACAUUAACAUUUUUGGAAUUUUUUUCUUGCACUAAAUAUAAUGAAAUCUUGUUGUUAUCGUUUCUGUGUUUGCAUCUGUUUGACCCGUUGCACUAUUUUUUACAAGGUCUUUGUAAAAAAGAAAAAAAAAAGUCAAAACCUGAAAUGUUUAAUAAAAAAGAAAAUGCAGCAGAGUAUUGAUUAUAUCAAAACUGUAAUUAUGUCAUAUCUUUUCGAUGGAAAUAGCCAAUGUAUUAUUUCACUUAGGUCUGCAGAAUCAGAUUUUUAGAAUUUGAUAAAAAAACAAAAAACAUUGUAUUCAGCAUGUAACUAUGAAAGUGAAAUUUGGCAUUACAACAGUGACAAAAAUACUCCAGAAAUUGGAAUUGAUCUUUUUGUUCACAGUGGAUUGACAUGAUUUAAAAAA